AUCUACAUCUCAGUCUUUUCUGACCUACCAUUGUUCAUGUGAAUACCUUGUUGGACUUAUCUCUCCUUUUUGGAUGUGAAUACAGUACUGUAAGAAUGAGUUGUAUUCGGCUGUUGCAACAGAUGUACUGAUCUUAAGACGGAUAACUGAUGUUGUGGGAAAUAAACAUGGAACAAAGAAGAAGCGCGCUGCGGUGCUCGCCUGGAUGUUUGUUGGGCUGUGUGGUGGCUUUGCUGUUGUGGACUGUGGCCUGGGCACAAAUACGAUAUUCAGUCUCAGAGGAAGUAAACGAAGGGACUGUUGUUGGAAAUAUAGCGAAGGAUCUGGGUUUAGAUAAAAACACGUUGAGACAAAGGAAGUAUCGGAUCGUUUCGAGUGAUGCAGAACAUCUUUUCCAUGUGAACCAGAACGAUGGAGUCCUGUAUGUGAGUAGAAAGAUAGAUCGGGAGGAAGUCUGUGAGCAGAGCAGUACCUGUUUAAUAAGUCUUAAAACAGUGCUGGAAAACCCACUGGAGGUCCAUUAUGUGGAAGUGGAAGUAGCCGAUGUGAAUGAUCACUCUCCCAGUUUUUCAGAAAAAGAGACAAUGUUGGAGAUUUCAGAGUCCGUGUUGCCUGGAGCACGAUUUCAGCUAAAACCUGCGCGUGAUUCAGACAGUGGUCAUUUCUCUGUGCAGCAGUAUAAACUCAGCCAAAACGAUCACUUCCGUUUGGAGGUUAAGGACAAAGAAGAGUAUGGUAAAAUACCAAUACUGAUUGUUCAAAAAUCUUUAGACAGAGAAGCUGCUGAACGGCACUCAUUAAUACUGACAGCAUUAGAUGGAGGUAAACCUCCAAAAUCUGGAGAAAUGAAUAUAAUAGUAAAGGUUCUGGAUGUUAAUGAUAACCCUCCUAUUUUUACGACAGAUGUUUAUUCUGUGAUGCUGAGUGAAAAUGUGCCAGUUGGAACAACAGUCAUACAAGUGAAUGCAACUGAUUUAGAUGAAGGACCAAACGGUGAGGUAGUUUACUCCUUUAGCAACAUCAUGGAUCAAAGAUUAUUAAAAUUAUUUGAUAUAAAUGAAAUAACAGGCGCCAUUCUUGUCAAAGGUUUAACAGAUUAUGAAGAGAAGCAGAAAUAUGAAAUCGAAAUUCGAGCAAUGGAUAGAGGUAUUGCUCCUCUAACAACAGAAAAAAGUGUCAUCAUAAAGAUAGUAGAUGUCAAUGAUAACGCACCGGAGAUUGAGGUGACAUCGUUUUCCAGUUCCAUCCCUGAAGAUUCCAGACCUGGAACUACAGUGGCCCUGAUCAGUGUUAAUGACGUGGACUCUGGUCUCAAUGGGAAAGUUAUUUGCACGCUUAGCGAAGACGUUCCUUUUAUGUUAUCACCAUCUGUACAAGAAAAAAUGUAUUCAUUGGUAACUAAAUACUCUCUGGACAGAGAGAAACAGUCACAGUAUUCAUUAACCAUAAUUGCAAAAGAUUCCGGGCAACCGCCGUUGUCAUCUGACAACUCUAUAAAUGUUUUUGUAUCAGAUGUAAAUGACAACAGUCCACAGUUUUCAGUGAACCCAUACACUAUAUAUGUCGCCGAAGGUAACAAACCUGGGACUUCAGUAUUUUCGGUGAAAGCAUUUGAUAUUGAUGAAAACGAGAAUGCAUUCAUUUCGUAUGACAUUUUAAGACCGCAGAGCGGCAAUAAACAGAUGUCAUAUUUCAGCAUAAACAGCGAAAAUGGUGACAUUUUGGCGCUAAAAGGUUUUGAUUUUGAAACUCUGAAAACGUUUCAGUUCCAAGUUGUCGCCACAGAUUCUGGAACUCCGUCACUGAGCAACAACGUGACAGUCAACGUGUUCAUUCUGGAUCAGAACGACAACGCUCCAGUCAUUCUGUAUCCACUCAGUUCCAACGGUUCUGCUGAAGGUGUGGAGGAGAUUCCACGGAAUGUCAACGCAGGACACUUGGUGACUAAAGUCAGAGCCUAUGAUGCUGAUAUAGGAUAUAACGGCUGGUUACUGUUUUCACUGCAGGAAGUUACUGACCACAGUCUGUUUGGUUUGGACCGCUACACAGGACAGAUCAGAACACUUCGCUCAUUCACAGAAACAGACGAGGCUGAGCACAAACUGGUCAUACUGGUCAAAGACAAUGGGAACGUUUCACUGUCAGCAACAGCUACUGUGGUUGUCAAAGUUGUGGAGCCAAAGGAGGCUUUUGCAGCUUCAGAUGUGAAAAGUCCAGCAAAGGAUGAUGACAGUAAUGUGACUUUUUAUCUGAUGAUAACUUUGGGCUCAGUUUCAGCACUUUUUAUCAUCAGUAUUAUCGUGUUGAUUGCAAUGCAGUGCUCCAAAACACCAGACUAUACAUCUAAAUAUCUGGAAGAUAAAAAUUAUGAUGGAACACUGUGUCACAGCAUCCAGUACAGAUCUGGAGACAAACGGUACAUGUUGGUUGGACCCAGAAUGAGUAUUGGAUCUACUAUAGUCCCUGGAAGCCAUGCGAACACACUAGUCCUUCCUGAUAGAAGGAGAAGAUCUGAAGAGUCCGUGUGA